GCUCACAUGCACAGUGUGGGUCUCGGCACGGUUCCUCCAUAGUACUAGUACGGAUCUCUUAGAUAAUGUUAUGGUCGAUAGUUGUGGGGAAAUGUUGCCAAUGUUCUUCCUUUAAUUGAGUUCAGGACGGCCUACAGUUGCUGAAAAGGUUCAUCAUGAAAUUUAUUGAGAAUCCAGACUUGAGGGAAUGGGUUAAAGAGAACCUGCGUCGGGAAGUAUUUCAGAAAGCGCACGAGUUGGCUGUGCAGACAGGCUGUGAGAUACUGGUCAAACUUCAGGACACAACUGAUCACUGUGGCCAAUACUACGCCACACGGACCCUUCAUCUGCAGUAUCAGGAUGAGGGACUGUCCAAGCAACCCUGGGACGUCCAAGUUUCAGGGGUGACUGGUCUUCCUGAAGUGAUGCUGGUGGAGAGAGGAUGCCAGAGUGAGAGGCAGGACCUCCAAGAGAAGGUCAACUCUAAGAUGGAUGAGGAGUUGAUGGAUGGAAGUGGGAUGGCAGCACCCAGGUUGCUAGAGGAGGAUCCAAACCACAGUGGGUCCUUAGAAAGUAACAGAGGGAACAGUACUUGCUUCAUAGACAGUCGCACUCAGAACAGUUUUGACGAGGGCACGGAUGCUCCCCCGCACAUUGUCAAAAUGGAAAAGGAUGAUUCUUUUCAGACAGAGUUGCACUCGCUAAUCCAGCCUGACAGUGACUCAAGAAGUGAUGGAGUGUCACAUGAAGGGGGUCAUGUUGCUCUUGGAGAGAGUGAAACAGGAGAAUGCCAUGCAUGUGGGUCCAACUUGUAUCUUGAUUGUGGAGGUAAUGAUGCUGCCGCCACAACCACACCCUCCUCCCAAAUGGCUGCAACCUACCCAAUUGGCUUCCCCAUGAGGAAGCUGCAAUCCUUGACAAACGCUGUGGAUACUAGUAUUCAGACCCCAUUCCCAAGAAGACUGGUGCCUGGGUUUGAAGCUCAGAAUCCACCCAUGGCAGUGACUCGGAGUUCAAGCUCUGUCGAUGUGGACAAACCGGCUUCAAAACCUUACCAGUGCGGGAUUUGUAAGAAGACAUUUGGAAGCAUACAGAUUCUCAGUCGACACGCCCAGUUGAACCAUGGACUGGACAGACGGAUGAUCUUCCUCUGCGAUGUGUGCGGGCAGGGUUACAAGCUGGCGCAGCAUUUACAACGCCACAUGCGAAUGCACCGAACCGUCAUGCCUUACGUCUGCCCGGUCUGCAACAAGGGAUUCUUCAAUGGCACCAGCCUCACGAAGCACAAGAAGAUCCAUAAUGAGCAACUGAAUGAGAGACACCAGUGUCAGUCAGGUGAGGGGAGUGGAAUCAGGACCCAAGACUUCAGCCUGUCUGAGAUAACAACCAGUGGAAGACAUUCAGAGGCAACACCAGAGAAUCAGCCAACAGAAGACGCUGUAGAUGAAUCCCCUGGAGCAGCUACCCAAUGUGGUCACUUUCCAGCAGAUGUGGCAUCACUCCUUCAUGUAGGCCCAAGUACAACGAAACCAAUCUUUCCCCAGAACACGGAUAUUCCAAACAAGGACCAAUGUAACCCAAAACAGCCAAGCUCUGCAGAGGAACCAUAUCAGAACAAAGAUGGAGAGUUACAAAUUAUGUCUUGGGAAGGUGCAUGUAUCUCCCAAGAGCCUGAAGUCUUCCAUAGUAUUACCCCGGUAUCGUCAAGUCAGAUUACUCAAGGAGGAAGUCGGCAAUCCUUGCACGGGAGAAAUGCGAGGCCAUCCUCAAGUCCCUGCAGGUUAAACAGACAUGUCUGCCACCUCUGCGGCAAGAGCUACAAGUACAACUUCACUUUGAAAGAACACCUUCUCACCCAUGCCAGUGUCCCUCAAUUUACCUGUAGGAUCUGCGGGACACCUUUUACCCGUCAGCGUCAGUUAAGAGAUCACAUGUUCCAUCACAGUGGCAAGUACCCAUAUCAUUGUGAGCUGUGUGGUAAGGGGUUUAUACGGCCGUCAAUAUUGAAGAAACAUCAAACGCGUCGUCAUCGGAUGCUGCACAAUGAGGCACAGUAACCACCAUUGUCGUUGCUGCCAAAAUUUACUGAACAGUCAUUGAAAGUUUAGGCUGUAUAGUGCGUUUUAGUAACAGGACAAAACGGUUGACUUCUAAACUGUGCAGGCUGCAGGAAAAAUCCCUUUUAAAGUGAUUUCUUUUCAAUGAAGACUCAUGUUUUUUCACCCACUUGACAAAAACAAUUUAAAUGAGCCUCUUAUAAAUAGUCAUGCUAUCAUCUGUUUCUCUUUUCUCUUUACAUUCAUUUCAUAUAUUAGUGUACAACCUGCAUUUUUGUACCUUCAAGUCUAUAUUUAGUGAUAUUGUUACAUGUAUGCUCAUGCAUUACAGAAUUAUUCAUCAUAAACAUGGAGGAAAGGGGUUUUUGUACGGUUUUUUGAUGUUCAGUAAAGGAACAACCAAAUUGCAUGUCUAUAAGAAUUUCAGAAAGCAACGUUGCUCAUAUCUGUAGGAAGGUUGCACUUGUUACUACAGGCUUCCGCUGUCCAUUUGCCUUUAAUGGUGGUCACAUCUCGGCUUUGCCACCAGCUGAUUUCAUGUCCAGUCUGAAGAACCACAUUUCUCAGCAUAAUGAGACAACUCCAUUAUGGUGUUCAUAAUUAUAUGCCCCAUUUUCUUUGCUGAAAUCUCAAUUUCAUUCAUGAUUAUUUCUCAGAUAUCAAGUAGGCAUUAGCACAUUUGAAUAAUGGCUAGUCAAGACGAAAUGCAUUCACACUUGUAAUACUUUAUUACGGCAAUUAAAACUUUAAAGGAAGAUUCUGAAAGGAUGAAAUUUAUCAUGCAUGUGAAUCAUGCUAGAACCACAACCUGCAGCCAUUUUGUAUCUAGCAUUUCAUUUCCGGUGUCACGUUCAGCAGCGCAAUGCAGGUUUAUGUUACCAACACCUACCUGGUUUGGACAUCGACGUAGCUUAAAACCUCUGUGAAAAUACUCAGUUUUUUGCAAUGUGAAUGCUGGAAUAUUUUUGGCUUCCUUGAAUGUUCCUCUUCUGUAUAACCUUAAUUUAAGAUUGCCCCCAGAAAGGGGGUUAACUGGACCUCAGGGUUAGUCUACAUAAAGUUUGCACAACCUGCAUGAGGGACGUCUUUAGUUCAUGGGUCCACACUAGGUGUGUACAUGUAAGUUUGAUUUGCAUUCUACAAACUUUCAGCACAAUGCAUGUAUCUGCAGACAUGUAUGUACUUGUAUUGCACUACUUAAUGCUUACAUGGGACAACAGCCAUUCUUAAUGACCACAAUUUUAUGUAGUAUACAGUCAAAACUACAAGCACCAUUUUACUGUGACCCUUUUCUCCACAUGUUCUCAUUUUCAUCAAGUACUUGCAAGAUUACAAAGCUGUGAAAGAUUAAAGUACAUGUAUCAAUGAGUAGUUAC